CAAAAUGUGCGGCUCCUUUAAUAAGAACGAUCAGACCAGCUCCGAGAGUCAUGGCGACCACAGCAUCUAAUCGUUACAGUACCCUCACUUCAAGCUCAUCCAUAGCGCACUCGGAGCCUGGGGGCAUGCAGCAAAGGACAGUGUACAGAGACUCACAUACCUUGUUGCGUAGCGAUUACACACUGCAGAGCAAUAGCCACCCGCUCAGCCACGCGCACCAGUGGAUAACAGCACUGUCCCACGGAGAGGGUGCUCCAUGGCCCUCCAGUCCGCUCAGCGAACAAGACAUAAAGCCCACGGUGCAGAGCGGCAGUGAAGAGAUUCACAACUCUAACAGUUUGCAGCACCAACAGCCUCAUCUGGCGCAAGAGUCACACGGGACACAUCAGGAUGCUGCAGAAUGGAGUACUACUACAGAUGCUCACAUACCGAGCAUGUCGACAUCAAACGGACAGACCCUAAUUUAUUCGCAGCCGGACUUCAGUGCGAAUGGCGUGAACCCCAGCAGCGGACAUCACACGCUGGGAGACACGGACGACGACCACCACAGCCCACACCUCAGUGACCAAGGUCCUCAACCUUCGCAUCACCUGGCACACCACGACAAAUCGGACGAGGAUACACCUACUUCGGACGCCUUGGAACAGUUUGCUAAACAAUUUAAACAGCGAAGAAUUAAACUUGGUUUCACGCAGGCGGACGUUGGACUCGCUUUAGGUACUCUGUAUGGAAACGUGUUUUCCCAGACCACGAUCUGCAGGUUCGAGGCCCUUCAACUCAGCUUUAAGAACAUGUGUAAGCUCAAGCCUUUGUUGAACAAGUGGUUGGAGGAAGCGGACUCUACCUCCGGGAGCCCCACCAGCUUGGACAAGAUCGCUGCACAGGGGAGGAGAAGGAAAAAGCGGACUUCCAUCGAGGUGAGUGUGAAAGGUGCUCUGGAAAGCCAUUUCCUAAAAUGUCCCAAACCAGGGGCCCAGGAGCUUCAUUCACUGGCGGACAGUCUUCAACUAGAAAAAGAGGUGGUUCGGGUUUGGUUUUGUAAUAGAAGACAGAAAGAGAAACGGAUGACGCCUGUCGGAGGACCGCUCCCGGGAACGGAGGACGCAUACGAGGACACACCGCCCCACCAUGGAGUCCAGACACCGUGAACAAAUCUAUACAGUAAAAACACGAACCGCUACUGGUCUGUCACAAUUGUGUUUCCAUUUAUAUGAUGAAAUCAUUAACGGGGAUACCCAGCGCGAUAACGGAUGUGAUUAUUUUGUUUGAACUUCAAGGGGAGGACGGAGGCAAUCCUGUGAGUACCACAACAAUAUAUCAGAAACUGAGAGAAAAAUGGAUUCACUGAAGAACGAAGAGAGUGUAGCCUAUGUCAUGUAUGUAAAUAUGCUAAGCACUGUGACACGGACCUGAUUAAUACAGGCUAUAGCGAUAAUGGUUGUUGUUAUUAAAGAAAUAGCCUAA